AUUAAGUUUAUCAAUUAAAUUUCAAAUGGAAAAUAAUAUUGACUUACCUGUCGAAACGCGUUGCUUAUGUCAAUAGCGGCCGAACGGCCAGUGACACUUUUAUUCAAGCUUUAUAUUCGUAAAACGCAAUUGUGUGUUUUUCUAAACGGUAUAAUCCAAGCAGUGAUUUUUUACUACACGAAGCUGGGGGAAUUGCACCCACCUUUAAAAAUGACUAUACAGCUCAAUUCCCAAGUUUGCCAUCUAUGAAACCUAGCCAAUCUACCCUGAAUACAAAUGUUGAUUCAGCCACUACAGCAAAACCACAAUCUUCGGGUAAGCGAGAUUAUGUUGCUCCUCAACGCAGUUCAAACACUCCAACAGCAACAACACCGUCUAAACCACCAUCUUUAGUGACAAAUCCUACAUCUGCCCAAAAUUCUCCUAAGAGAGACUAUGUAGCCUCUCAGUGGCCAACAUUAAAACCCGCGGGAUCAUCACAGAGGCAAGACGGUACUACUCCGAUGCCAACGACGUCAAUAAAGAGAGAUUAUGUUGCCCCUAUCAUUCCAACUACGAAACAAGAAAGUAACCAGCAUGCCUCAGGAAAAGUAAAAGAUCUCAUUAAUUUUUAUGACAGUAAAUCCCAGCAAGGACCCACACCAUCACGAGGGCCGAGUUACAGUUCGAUUUUACAAGGGCCGAAAGAUAACAAAAUACCAAGUUCAUCUACUCAACUUCCACAGUUUUCUUCUAAAACUCCAGGAAAUAUUCCAAAUCCAUUAAGCUUCAGUUCAGUCGUAUCCGGCCCAAAAAAUCCUAAUACUGGAGUUGUUCCGUCUCUUCCUACUGCAUCGACUCCUGGUAAACCACAUAGUACCCCGAAUAUGAAUCAAUUUAAUAAUCGUCCAACAAGUUCUGCUUUACCCAGUUCUUUAGCCAAUAACAAUCAAGUUGCAAACUCGAACAAUCCAAGUGAUGUAGAGUUACAAACUGUUAGUGAAGAGCUGCUCCGAAAAGAUGUAAAUAAUGCAGCUAAAUUUAUAACAGUUAAUUAUCAAGGAAAAACCACAUCCCAAUCUAAAGACGAUAAAGCUGCUCUACCAUUACUCACCAUUUCGCCAGAAGUAUGGAAUAUAACAACAAUUCAACAGUUUUUGCCACUAUUAGACAAUUAUGAAAGGGAUACCUUAAUAAACGAGCAUGUUACGCCACAAGAGAGAACUGAAGAAAAUACUUUCAUGGACGCGUUAAUGUCUACAAGUGUUAUUCGUCAUUUAAUGAACUUCUUAAAAGACAAAGGCUACGUUACACCAGAUCCUAAACAACAAAGAGAUUUUCUGAAGCAAAUUUGGUUUGGCUUAUAUUCUAGAGGUAAAGGUAAAAUCAGCAGUUCUGGAUUCGAACAUAUAUUUGUAUCAGAGCUCAAAAAUGGAGAAGUUUCAGGACUGCAUAAUUGGCUUUAUUUCUCUAAAGAAGAGGUAGCAAAUCGUAUUAACUAUUUGGGUUAUUUAAAAUAUGUCGAGUUUAAUGAUAAAGGAGCUGUCUUAAAAAUGCAUUUUAACCAGCAAGGAGUGGACAAGCCCGUUGAUACAAUGUUUGUUGGUACAUCACCUGAACUAGAGAUUGCAAUUUAUACUCUAUGUUACGUAACUCGUGUUGGCAAUGACUGCAAACUUAAACUUGGAAAUAAAGAUCUAGACAUUGUAACUCAUAACUUUAGAUACCGCAGCAAAAACUAUAUUGGGAGCGCUUAUCCUCAAAUAUAAUUUUUAUGCAAUAUCCAUAAUGCUGCAUACUAAUUCAUAUUAUUUAUGUUAAUACCAAAAUACAAUCUUAAAUUAAAUGUUUUAUACAAUGU